UAUUCCUAUUUUCGUGUCGUCGUCGUGAGUGAUUAGAGAAAAGUUUCUUACAAUAAAAUUUGCAAAUAAUAAGAAUUUACAAAAAGUCCUUGCAGAAAAUUAUUAAAUUUAUCGAGCCUUUUGUGCAAAUAUUGCUCUGGCCAACAAUUGGCAAUUGUUUUCCAAUUGGGAAAAAUAUUUCGUGUGUCCGCGAGAGAGAAAAAAAAACGCAAAAGGGCCAUAAAGAUUUCAAGAAAGGAGGAAACAAAGUGAGAAAGAAAUGUAUUGUGAAGUUCAGAUUGUCCUGUAAAAGCCGGAAAAAACAAGAAAAGUGUGUGCGUGAUUUGUGUUUCGAUUUUCUUUAAGAAAUUUAUUCGUUUUGGAAUUAUUUAAAUCGUCUUGAAAAAGCGGUGGCGGCAGCGGUUCUAAAUCUGUGACAUCUAAAGUGUAAUAUCAUCUCAUCAUCAUCCACAUCAUCUUGUCACUAAGAGAAUACUAACCUCUGUCAUAGAGCCCAUGGACCGCAUAUUCUGCUCACGCUUUAACCAAUAACCCAGAUAUUAGCACUGAUUUCAUUAUUAACAACAUCAACAGCAUCAUCACAGACUUUCGGCUAUAAGACAAAAGGCCUUAAAAUGGGGCCGCCUUGAGUCAAUUGGAGCAGAAUUUUAAGAAUUCCAAAUAAGAAACCUAUUUCGUUGGAGUCCACGAGAAGAGUAAAAACCAAAACUCCUUCCCCUCCCCUUCAAGUGCCAUUGCAACGAAGCAUAUUUAUUUACAUUUUGGACAGUACUUGUCCAGAUUUUUAACGAAGACGAAGGAGGAACCUUUUGAGAAGAAGCAAGAAAAAAUAAUGAAAUGGAACACUGCCCUUAGGCAUUUGAGCUGAACAGACCCUUGCCACAUAGAUAGCAUCAUUGUUCCACAUACAUGGCACUUGUCUGGAAUGUUGCAAGUUGCCAGAGACUCUAAUGUAAAGGUGCAAACUCAACUACCCAGAAAAGGAUUAAAAAGAAAACGGAAACGAGGAGCGGGAAAAAAUAAAUCAUUAGCAUAAACAAAAGUCAAACUCAAUUAAAGCCAAAGCGUGCCAACGAAAGAAGGCAACUUUAAAAACCCAGAAACGAAUAACCUUAAAUACUGCCAUAUUUAUAAACAAAACAAAACAACAGCAGCAGCAGGAGAAAACCAUUUCUCUGCUGAUUUCGAAGAAAUUUCAAGGAAGCGCUUCAUCGUCCAUUAAUCACCUGCCGAAAUCAUCUGCAUCGGCGAGCGUCAUCAUAACGAGAAGGAGCACAGCGUCUUGGACUGGUCAUUUUUUUUACAUACAUUACAUACGUGUGUCAUAUUUUACGCCUGCCUUUAAGCUAAGCAACAGAAGAGCAUUCAUACACAACCCAUCACCCCCCCCCCCCCCCAACCCCAAUAAAUUGUCGCUUUUUUUGCUCCGUAAUUUAUUAAUAAAAAAACAUUCAAAAUUCUACCCAAUAUCUUACCCUUGCCUCCCAAAAUGGCAGAUUUAAUGCGCCUGGGCAACGUGGAUGUUGUCAUCCAAAAGGACAAACUUGGCUCACCGAUUGGCGGCUCAGAUGAUGGUAAUUUAGCGGCCUUUGGUGCUGGCAUUAAUAAUUUUGGUGGAGGCAGUGGCGGCGGCGGCGGAGGUGGUGUCGGCUUUGACAUGGGUGAUUUACAACAGGAAUUGGAUCAGGAUGAGUUCGAUGGCAUGAAUUUGACAAAUGGCGAACGACCUGCCAUUAUAGCGCCACCAGAAAGUGAAUGGUACCAUGGACGUUUGGAUCGCUAUUCUGCUGAAUCACGUUUACGUGGAAGCAAAGAGCAGGGCAGCUAUUUGGUUCGUGAAAGUGAUCGCAAGCCUGGCUCCUAUGUUCUCAGCUAUUUGGGCCGUACUGGCAUCAAUCAUUUUCGCAUCACAGCCGUUUGUGGUGACUUCUACAUUGGAGGACGUCAAUUCAAUUCACUUAGCGAUUUAGUCGGUUACUAUACCUCAUGUAGUGAUUUGCUGAAACGUGAACGUCUGCUUAUCCCAGUACCGCCACCCGAACCGGUCAACGACAAGAAACGUGUGGUGGCCAUUCUACCCUAUACCAAAAUGCCCGACACGGAUGAGUUGAGUUUCCAGAAGGGCGACAUCUUCUUUGUGCACAAUGACAUGGGUGAUGGCUGGUUGUGGGUCACCGCGCAUCGUACCGGGGAGCAGGGUAUGAUUUUCCGAGAGCUAGUGGAGGAUUUAGAUCCGGCCAUAGAUCCCAAUACAGUAUUUCCAUGGUUUCAUCCAAAUUGCACCAAGAAUGAAGCUGUUGAUAUGUUAGUCAAGGCUGGUCCUGGUAGUUUCCUGGUGCGUCCCAGCGACAAUUCCCCGGGCGACUAUUCUCUGUUCUUCCAUAUCAACAAUCAGAUACAACGUUUUCGCAUUGAAAAGAAGGGCGUCCGUUAUCUGAUGGGCGGCCGGACCUUCGAAUGUCUGGAUGCAGUGAUCAAUCGCUAUCGCAAGGAACAAAUUGUGGAGGGCCACUGCCUUAGCCACCCGGUGGUGAAUGGCAGCCAACCCGAGUAUAGUCAACAGUAUGUGGUGGAAAAGGCGGCCGAGAAGAUCUAUGCCACCCUGCGCGAGUGCCGAGAUCAAAUUGGCCUCAAGAAAAUCAAGGGCAUCAAACACCACGGCCAUCUGAACAAGAAGUCCGACAAGACAGCCAAAUGGAAACAGCUGUAUUUCGCCCUGAUCAGCGAGUGUUCCGAAACGCAUUUGUGCUUCUAUGACAAUCCCAAAAAGACUAAACCCAAGGGUCUUAUCGAUCUGUCCUGUGCUUAUCUCUACCAGUGCCACGAUUCGUUGUGGGAGCGUCCCUAUUGCUUCCAAAUUGUCGAGAGGGCCCUGCCCUGUUUGGCCACUGUCACCUACUUGUGUGCCCCUAGUCAAGAGAGCUACACAGAAUGGAUAAAUGCGCUGAAGGCCCAGUGUGCCUCACAGCUGAGCAAGGCCCAGAAGAAGGUGCCACGUCUAAGGGAGUUGCGCUGCCUCAAUUUACACAUACUCGAAGCCCAUAGACUGCCAUUUAAACUAGUGCCACAUCCGUAUUGUAGUAUUUCCCUGAAUCAGGUGAAAGUGGGCAAGACAAAGGUCAAGAUUGCCCCGGACCCAGUUUGGGAGGAGGAGUUUGUCUUGGAUGAUGUCCCACCAGAUGUAGUCUCGCUAACCAUCACCCUGGUCUCUCGCGGCAAGCGAGGCAAGGACAGCGAAGUAGCUGAACUCACCAUCGACCUGGCCAGCCUCAAAAACGGCCAGGAAACCGAGGAGUGGUAUCAACUAACCGGCAUGACGCCCAUGGGCGAAUGGGGCUCUCUGCGGCUGCGCAUGCGUUAUCUGGAUGAUCUCAUUAUGCCCUGUGAAGAAUACAGUCCCCUGCAGCAGCUGCUGCUGGAGCCCGAAUUAUAUUCCGUCAAGGCCCUGGCCGAACUAUGUCACAAUGAUCGUGUCCCCCUGGCCACCGCCUUGUUGCGCGUCUUCCGCCAUGAGAAGCGAGAAACGGAACUCAUACGGGUGCUCUGCCAAGCGGAAAUUGCCCGUGAAAAUGAGACCACGACCCUCUUUAGGGGUGCCAGUUUGGCCACCACCCUCAUGGAUCUAUAUAUGCGCACAGAAUGUACGGGAUUCCUACAGUCGGCCGUCUCCGAGACCAUACAACGCAUCUUGGACAGCAAACAAUCGGCCGAAUUGAAUCCCACCAAAAUGGAUGUCAACGACGACGCCUGCUCCAAUGCUGAGUUCCUUUUGCAAAUUCUGGAUUUGGUAACCCAUUCCAUAUUCACCUCGCCCGAGGCGUGUCCACGCUCCGUGAGAUACAUUUGCAAUUGUCUGCAAAAGGCCGUCGUGGCGAAAUGGCCAACGGAACGUUUGGUUAGGACUCGGGUCGUUUCGGGUUUUAUAUUUUUACGUUUGCUAUGCCCAUCCUUGCUGAAUCCACGUCAAUUUGGUUUGGUUAGUGAGACUCCGCCGACGGCAGCCACACGUUCGCUGGUGAUGGUGGCUAAGUGUUUGCAGAAUUUGGCGAAUUUGAUUGAAUUUGGCGGGAAGGAACAAUACAUGGAGGUUGUCAAUCCCUUUAUACUCAAAAACAAAGAACGCAUGAUUGUGUUUCUCGAUCAAUUAUCAAUGGUGACAGAUCCUAAUCCACCGCCUGGCAGAAAUUCAGAACAAAGCUCUAAUCAAUCGCCACAGGAUACGGGUCGUGAACUGGCCACCCUGCAUCACAUAUGUGUUUCAUAUUUACCGGAAUUGCAAGAAUUAUCGAAUAUACUUUCAAUUAAGAAACUAGUUACCGUUACCGAUAUGCUAACGAAACAUAAAAUCAAAUAUCGUGAAAUGAUUAGCUAAGAAGUGAACAACAUGAAAAUCGAUAACAAUAUCUUCGAACAACUCAACAACUCGAAAACGUAAAGACACUAAGCAAAGAAGAAGAUGGUAUGACAGUUAAGGAGACAUCACAACAAGAAAAUAUUGAAAAAAGUAUAGAAGAAAGACAUUUUACCCCCCCCACUUUGAUAUUGAAGACAUUAAAAUGAUGAGGUUGAUAAAUGAUGGAUGGAUGGCUGGAUGAAUGGAGGGAUGGUUGAGAUGUGCAAGUAAUCCUAAGCUGACUCUUUCUUAUUUUCCUCGCUGUAUUAUCCUCUCUCACGCUCGAACCCUUUCUAUAUAUCCUAUCUGAUUUUCCUUAAACAAGCAAAGCCAAGCAAACAAAAUGGAAGAACAUGGGAAAAUAAAACGUAACAAAAUCUCAUUUCAUUCAAAACACACAUUACCAAAUAAUAAACUCUCUUUUUUAUACAAAUAUAAACAGUAAAUGAACAAACAAACAAAUCAUAUUUAUAAUAUCAGCAAAUACUUCUAAUAUUAAUAAUAAAAAAAGACAACAGAAAACUAAAUUGAAAAAAAAAAGAAUAAAACUCAAAACAACCGCAAA